AAAAGGACCAACUAGAACAGACAAGCUUUUCUAAAGAUCCAAGUCAAAAUUUCGAUGUCGAAGAAGAAAGUCAAUCUGCUAUUUAUUCAACGACUACUAACACAGAAGAAACGUCAACAAUAAAUGCAGCUGACCCCGACAUGUCUGUUAGUGAAUUUACAAUAAUUAAUAUUGUAGUUGAACCAAAAUCACAUGGUGAUGCAAAUGAGAAUCUUCAAAUGGCUAUUAAUAACCCAAAUCCAGGUGUUGAUUCUCAAGAACAUUUGAAUCUCCCAGUUCCAACUGUUCCUAUGAAGCUAGAAACGAAUGGCAAUAAACAAUUAUGUGAACAAUUCUUCCUACAUGAACAAAGCACAGCUAAAGGUCCUAUAACAAAUAAAAACAUCGAAAAUUUACUGUACGAAGAUACACAACAUCAAAGUUUUUCUAAAGAUAACAAUAAAAAUGAAAAAAUAACUCUAAAAAUAUCAGAAAAACAUAGUCAAUCUUUAGAUCUAGCAGCAAUGGAAGAAAAAACCGUACAACCUUAUGGUAGGACAGCAGUCAAUGCUAGAGUUGACGAAACAGAACAAAAACAAGAAGUUAUCCAGCGUAACCAGAUAUUUCCGGACUAUAUUAUCCUAAAAAAUAUUUCAGGACAACCAGUGGACCUAAGUUCUAAUUCAAGAGAACAAACAACAGUAAACCAGGUUUUAGACCUUGAAUCUACAAUUGAAGACUAUUCUAUGCAAACUAAAGUAAUUGCAGAAGAGCAUACAAUAAAUAAAACCACGGAUUCAGACAUUUUAACAGCAGCAAACCCAGUUACACAAAAAAUAAAACCAGAUGAGAUUGAAAACCUUCAGGUAACACAAAAAAACUGGAAAUAUGAUGAAGGUUCACCAAAACAAACAAUUAACUUAGUAGCUUCGAAAGAAUCAAUGUCAUAUUUAGAAUAUUCAACAAAUGAAAAGGAUCUUGAAGUUAUUAGAACACAUGAAAGUGUUAUUAAUGAUAUAGAUGUCGAUGCAAAAUCGUCAGGAUCAAUAGCAAUCACACAAAGUAUUAUAACUGAAGAAGAACUUUAUGCACUAUUGGUCCAUAAAAGCGUGAUAGAAGACAACUUGCAUAAUAUUCCAGGAGAAAACGUUUAUGAAGCUACAGAAAACCCUGACGAAACCAAUGUAAAAUCUUGUAAAACGAUUGAGUCAGACAAUCCACAAUAUCAAACUCUUAACGAUGAAGAGAAAAUAGUCGCAAUACAAACGAAUGUACUCCCAAAGCUUAUAAGCAAUUUAAAAUGCAUAGAAACAACAUUACGUAAGACAUGUGAAGAGAUGAAAUUGAGUGAGCAGGUAGAUCAAACCAGUUUUCAUGUUACGAGCAAUGUUGCGUCUACAGAAAGAACGGAACAAGGAAAAGUUUCUCCUAAAUCUCCCAGAAUCGAAGAACGACGAGAAUCAAUAAUUGUAACUCAACCAUACUGCACUAACAUAUGCCAAUCUCUAAAGAUUAUUCCUGAUACAUUAAAAGGAAACAUUGAAAAGCAACAUUCUCUUAUAACCCUGAAUGUGGAAAGUGACAGGCCAAGUUUGAAUUGGAGUACUCUGGUUGUGCCCGUGAAAGGAGAUCCAGUCUCAAAAGAUCCUCCUCCUCAAGACUAUGAUCCGCGAGGUUACCCACAACCAGGCUAUCCAACUCAAGGUCCCCCACCACAAGGGGGUUAUCCCCCCCAACCCGGCUACGGGGCCCCCUACCAACCAGGCUACCCGCCAAGCUACCCGCAGGCAGGGUACCCGGCUCCAGGCGGCUACCCAGCUCCACCCAGCUACCCGCCAGCUGCCCAGCCGCCACAAAGCCAGCAGAGCUCGGCGGGCUCUUUCGCAGGCGGCUGCCUGGGGGGAUGUUUAGGAUGCCUGGCGGCGACGGUGUGCUCGUGCUGCGCCACUUGCCUCCUCGGUCUUGCUGCUGGAUCCGAUGGAGAAGACAGCGGCCGGGGUGGAGGGGGCGGCGGCCGGGGUAGAGGGGGCGGCGGCCGGGGUGGAGAGAGCGGCCGGGGUGGAGAGAGCGGCGGCGGUGGGCCUGGUGGGCCCGGUGGAUCCAGUGGGCCCGGGAGCGGACAACCGGGAGAUCCGGGCUAUAAUGCGCCGCCGACGAUGCCAGGAGCACCAGGAUUGGGUGGAACGGGCGCACCAGGACUGCCAGGAACUGGCUCGCCGAUGGAUGAACCGUGGCGCGGAACUGGGGCGGCUGCACCAGGAGCGCAGGACCCCUGGCACGAGCCGCCGGGCGAGCAAUGGCAAGCUUCAACGGGGCCCGGAGGUCUGCCGCAGGAUCCCUCGCACCCGCCGCAGGAUCCCUUGCACCCACCGGAGCCAACACCACCGCCACCGAUUGAGCCAGAGCCCUGGGAUCAGAGCGAUGAUGAUGAUAACUGACAUCACGAUGAAGCCUAACUACUUAGGAGCUCAUGUUUAAGCGGCAUACACUUCAGGUGGCUCUCCAACGAAGAGAUUGAAGCUUAAUAUUGUUACUAUACAUUUCGGGUCAAAUGAUGGUAGCUAUAACAGUUCCUUAAAAGACCUCACUUCUUUUGGGUGACUAGGUUUCAAAAAUAAUUGGUGAAAUAUGUUUCUAUCAUUAACAUAUAUGAAAGGACGGAUCUUACGGGCACUAAGUAUGGUGCUAGUUCAGCAGUCACUCACGAAUUCGAGCUAAUCGUGCAGUAACGCAACUAGUUGCGACCAACCGUGCGCGUGAUGCGAUGCGAACUCAUCGACCAAUCACGUUGAGGCAUUACACUGCACGAUUGACUUGAAUUCCUGUACGUGACACUGUACUCUCCCAUUUUUAUUGCACUUAGAUAUAAGUCAAUGUUUGUUUCAAAUUCUAAAUAAAUUAAUAUGUUAAACUACGAAAAAAGCCUUUACGAACAUUUUACGUGACAGAGAAAAUGAACUGUCAUAGUAGGGACCAUCAUGCGACACCA